AUGAGGUUUUCAAGAGCUGUGUUCUUUGCGGCGUUGGCGGAUGUGGCGGCUUCUCAAUUGGUGGUUUCAACCGACUUCAAGAGGGUCUCGUUUCCUCCGGAUCUGGUGCAAAUCACCCGUCGCGAUACUUUCGAUGUCACGGCCAUCAACAAUCUCACCGGCGGUGGCUACUAUUCCGAAGUCGAAGUCGGCACGCCAGGCCAAAAAAUGCUCAUGCAUCUGGACACGGGCAGCAGUGAUACCUGGGUGGUAGACAAACAGGCGGACCUCUGCAACAGCCCACGCCUGCAAAGAACGUACGGCACUGGUUGCACUAGCACCUUUGACACGACCAAGAGCUCCACCUACGAGCUUGUCACAAGGAAUGGCUUCGAUAUCACCUACCUCGAUGCCAGGAACAUCCAGGGCGACUACAUCUCGGAUACAGUGGACAUCAACGGGAAGAAGGUGUCGAGCCAGCAGCUGGGCUUGGCCAUUCAGACGGUUAAGGGAUCUGGCUUGAUGGGUCUGGGUUUCUCGACGGGCGUGUCCACAAGACGGAGUUAUCCCACGAUUCUCGACAACAUGGUUUCACAGAAGUUGAUCGGCCGUAAAGCCUUCAGUCUAUGGCUGAACGACCUGUCUUCGUCAGAAGGGACGUUGCUCUUCGGUGGCAUCGACACUGAGAAGUACAUUGGAUCCCUCACAACACUGCCCCUGGUCGAUGACUACCACUCCGAGCGUAUCACCAGCUACAGCGUCGCCAUGACCGGCGUCUCCCUCGAAACACCCGACGGAAAGAUGACAGAGUUGGCUGCGGAAAACUUCAAUGCUUCCACCGUCCUUGAUUCCGGCUCAACAGUCUGUCUGCUUCCUGACAGGAUCGCCAACCAAAUUUGGGAGAAAUAUGAUGUCAUCGACGCCGGCUACGGCUUCGUGGACUGCAAGUGGAGGGGACCCGACGGCGAAAACCACUUCCUCGACUUCGAGUUCAGCGGUGUCACGAUUCGAGUACCCCUCGAGGAGAUGGUUCUUGACAACCUCGACCCGAUCAUGGAUCAGCUGGAAGGACUGCUUCCGUUCGAUAAUCCGUGCAUGUUCGGUAUUCAGAGCAACUCGGCCUUCGACAUCAACAGCAGCAGGUUCGCUCUUUUGGGCGACACGUUCCUGCGAAGCGCGUAUGUGGUAUACGACGAGACCAAUCAGCAAGUCGGCAUUGCACAAGCAAACUUGAACUCGACACGCUCCAAUGUCAUUGAGUUGCGCGCAGACGAGACCGCCUUGCCAACGGCCACUGGCGUGGCCUGUCAAGUAUCAACUGCAGCCCCGACACGGACAGCCAGUGGAAGUACGGGCGGCAGCGGAGGCGGAGGGAGGGAAUCGGGCUCGGGCGCGACAUCAAUUUUGGCCACGCCUACACCGAGCGCAACCGAGAAUGCUGCUUCGCGGCCAGGCAUGGCACCUUUGGGGUUCGAUGGAACCAUUGUGGCAGCACUUACAUCCGUCUUCGCCAUUCUUGGCGCGGCGCUUUUAGCAGUCUAA